AUGACGUCUCCAUCUUCUAUCAGUACUCGUGUCGAGGACUUUGAGCCCGACUGGCCAUAUGGCCCUCGGGCCAAGAGACGCAAGCGGGCCUCCACCGCCGAUGCAUCGAGACCCUCGCCGCGUGAAAUUGGAUUCAUGAGAGAGUCUCAGAAUGAGGGGUCUGCCAGUUUCAUUGGAAGUUCAAGUGGGAUCCACUUCAUUCGACAUGUCUACAACGCUUUUGCUCGCCGCUCGGCGGACCUACAACAAACCAGGGCUCAGGAUAAAAGCUCAGUUCCAGGCGAAGAUGAUCGGCUGCAGCGUGGUAUUGGAACAUCUCACGAUCGAGAUCAGUUAUGGUCUGAUGGGGAGGUAGAUUUCACGCCGAAUGCCAAGUUCUUGUUUGAAGACCUGAUUCAUUGGACUCGCGGCUACUUUGAAAAUUGGCAUCCCAUCUUCCCGUGUCUCCAUGCGCCGACCGUGUUGAAAGCCAUGGAGCAACUCGGUAAUCAGGGUCAAGCACACGUGAACCAUUUAGAUAUGAUCAUCAUCCGCUCAAUCAUUUCGAUCUCUCUGGGAGAUAGUCGACAGGCAGAACGCUCGGGAUCACGGAUAGGCCCCAUACCUGCAUCAUUGACCUUUCAAUCAGUGCAGCAAGUCAUGCAGGAUAUUCAAGGUCUCCUCGCAAAUCCAACGACUCUUCCGUUACUCCAGGCUGCUUUUAUGAUCCAACUGGCCCUUACUUCCCUCUUGCGUCUGAAUGCUGCAUCUCGAGUAGGUGGAGUCAUCACGCGCACUGCAUUUCAUUUGGGGUUGCAUCGCUGCCCAGGCAGAUUCCAAUGCUUCACGCAAGAGGAAGUAGAUAUUAGAAGGCGUCUCUUCUGGUCUAUUUAUUGCCUCGAGCGAUAUCUUUCACAAGCGCUCGGCAUUCCACUCGGAAUUCGGGACGAUGAUAUCGAUGUAUGCUAUCCGGGCGAUGAGCGCCAUGUAACUCCCAAACAUAUGGCAUCCGAUGAUCAUCGCCUCAAAUUACUCUGCCAUCUUGCGAAGUUUGCCAGAAUCCGGGGCUUAAUUCUGGAGCUUCGCAACAAAUCUAUUCUGCACAGCCAUGCCGGGGCAGUGGAAGCCUCCCAUGUCAAUGGCGAGCUUUCCCAGUGGUGGAAUGAAGUUUACGAUGAUGUGAAUCCAAUUGAAGACGAAAGAGAAUCUGAGUCAUCUGAAGCCCCUGCCUUGAGCGCAUACCACCGUCUAUUACUCAUGGUGCUACGGCACGAAGCAAUAAUAUCCAUGAAUCGCCCGCUCCUUGCGGCAGACAAACCGCAUGCUGAUUUCAAGAAUGCCUUACAAACUUGCAUCGCAUCCUCACGUUUCUUACUUAACACCUUGAAAAGAUAUAUGUCAUCAAACUCUGAUACUCCGUUGACUUGGCCAUCUUUCACUUGGACAACCUGGAUGGCUUGUCUCAUACUGAUGUGGGCAUCGUGGGAAGGCGAGUUCCCAGCGCCGACUGCCCUAAAGUAUGCCCGGAUGGGGAUAAUCGUCUUGGAAAAUCUUGCAUUACGUGGAAGCAGCUGGCCGGAAACAUGCAUUGAGGCGAUCAAAAGCAUGGAGUCGGCAUUAUCCAAUAACGCAUCGAUCGACCACCAUAACGAGAGCUCUACUGGCAUUCAUACGCCUCAUAAAAACGUCACCAAUCACACUCAGACACCAGGGACUCAGAGAAUGACCAGGCUAUCCGCUCAGGGUAGAAGCCGCCAGUCUAUUGGCUCGUCCCAUGGACCUGCUAAUGGGCAUCCGGAUUUCUCUUCCUCAGUAGACGCGCAGCAGGUUGAGCCAGCUAUGCGCAUGCCUUACAAUGGGGAGAACUAUGAAGCCAUAUCAUCGCCCCCAAACAUCUCCGGCAAUGGAUUUGACAUUUCCUCAAACGGGGCCUUGUCUUUCAACGGCCAAAGUUCAGGCGGUCUCAUAUUUGGCAGCAUUAUGAAUAACAAUGCGCCAUUCUCCACGGGUAUGGGAGGCCAGGACUCGUUGCCAUUUUCAGAUUUUACAUCCCUGUUUACGAAUGAUCUAUGGAGCGUGGCGGAUGGGCCUUGGAUGAUCCAUGGAAACUUUUUGUGA